GUAUUUCUUACUUUCUCGUCCGCCAUUUUUAGUGGUGUAGAAAUUCCGUAAAUAUCUUCCAUAAAGUUGAUUUCUGUGCCAACUGCACAGCUGCGGGUGUUAUUUAACUCCCGCGAUUUCUUGAUUAUAAAUUUUUCUGCAUUUUUAACGUCUCAAAGUAAACUGUAAAUCUCCAAGGAGAUAAAUUUUUACUUAUUUCAUAAAGUUUUUAAUCAUGGCUUGCUAAUAUGUAUUCGUCAAGCAUCGAAGUGAAGCAGCACAAAUUUGUUGCCAAUUCGGCUAUCUAUUUUUAUGUUAGACAACAUGGAAAAGAAAAAUCAAAGAAUACCUAUUUCAGGGACUGUGAAAUCUAUCUCUGAAAAGAGAGCAGAUGCUCCAAGGCAAAAUUAUGGUGUCAGACGACGUGAACAAACAGCGAAGCCGUUUAAGAACGAUUCGAAAAAUUUUAACCACAAAAAAUGUAGAGAUCGAGAACAUGGGGGAAAGUUGAAUUCCCACGCUCCCAAACAAAAUUUGAAUCAUCUAUUAUCGUUCACCUAUGAAGAACGCGGCCGACGAACUAGUUCAGGCGAUGAUUAUCAUUUUGUGUUAGAACAACCCCCUGAAGAAAACACUUAUUUAAGACAUGUUAACGAUCCAAACGAAUUAGUCAAUUGGAAGAAAGUUAUUCAAGUUCGAGUGUUUAACAAUGAAAGGGAACCAACAAUUUGCUGUAUUUGUUUAGAGGAAAUGCGCGCAGCCAGAAUUACAAAAUGUGGACAUGGAUUUUGUUUACCCUGCAUUCUAAAGUAUCGAGAAUUAUCAUUAACAGGCCAUAAAUGUCCCGUUUGUAUGUCCGAUUUCGAAAUUGAAGAGGACAUGAGACCCCUCUUAUUCAAGAAAGUAUCCCCAAUAACUAUUGGUGAUACCGUAAAGUUUCAACUAAUGAGACGAUCGAAAUCGAACAUUCUAGCUGUGCCUCGUGAUAAAUUUGAAUUCGGUCGAAAAAAUUUGUAUAACUUUACAGACGCUUGGAUGAAUUCAUGUGCUAAAAUUCUAAUCGCAUCACCAAACGAUAUCAAUUCAAUUAUCAAUAAUGAGUUGGAAGAAUUGUUAAGUAUAAAAGAUGACGAUCCCAAAGACAUUGAAGGAGAUCAUCAAUUUGUCAACAAAGCCAUAGAGCUGAGUCAGAAGCGUUUUGAAAAACAGAUGGAGGGCUGUGAUGAAAUCUUAGAAGAAACUUCAAAUGAUAGUGAAGGUGCUGUUGGAAAUGAUGAAGCAUCUUUUUAUUUUUAUCAACUGCAAACUGGUGAACUAACUUAUCUGCAUUGGCUAAACACGCGUAUGCUUAUUGCUGAAUAUGGAUCCUUGGAAGCUUGUCCUGAUAUAAUUGAAGGGCAGAUAAUUGAAAUUGAAAGAUUUACUAUUACCGAAGAAAAUGUAAGAGGUAGACUUCGCUUCUACUCGCACCUUCCUAUAGGAUCCGAAUUAAUGAUGAUUGAAAUCAAUAUAAACUCAGUUUUGUCUCCUGAAAAUCUUUCAAAAUUCGAAAGCGAUUUACAAACGAGAAUGAAGAACAGGAAGAAGAAAAAAGUCUUAGAAGAUAAGUUAUCUCGGCGUAUUGAAAAGGCUGAGAGAGAAAAAUAUAAAGACUACAGAAGAGGCGAAAUAGUCAGAUCAGACUUUCAAAAAAUAAGAAUUGAAACUGAGUCAAUUGACGUUUUUGAACCAGCGGUAGGAACACCUCCUGGGCCAGAGAGUCCCAGUGAUUGUGUAUCUUUCGCACAAAUGUUGAAAUCUGGAAAAGCUAAAAUUCCCCCACCUAUCUUACCAAAAUCGACUGUUGUGGAAACUACGCUAGCACCUGACAGUGAUGAAGAUUUCGUUCCUCGAUUCGAGGACACUUACAAGGAUGGUGUAUCUCGAGCCAUAGAUGAAAAUAUGAGGAAAUUGACCAAGCAAGACGUAGAGCAAAAAGGAAAAAGUAAAAAGAAGGGAAAAAAGCUACUAUUUUCUAAUUCUAUGAACAUAUAG